UUGAGCGGUGACAAGAUGUAAGUGAAUUCUUGUCAUAAUUUUCUAAUCUAAAUUUUAUCUUCUUGCAGAAUUGGUGAAUUUAGAAUUGUAUCGAAAAUAGGCGAAGGCGGCUUUGGGAAAAUAUUUGAAGUGAAAAGAGAUAGCGAAAUAUUCGCGAUGAAAAUCGAUUCCAUAAAUCCUGUUGGAGGGCUCAUGAUAAAAUAUGAGUACGAAGUUUUGAAAUGUCUCGGUUCAAAUAAGUUCAAAAUGUUCCCAUCCGUGAUUGCGCUCGGAACAUUCUCAACGCAUCAUUAUUUUGUGAUGGAAUUGUUGGGCGAUGACCUUGGAACUCUCAAAUUCAGAUGCAAAAAUUCGGACACAAUGACAACUGGGAGUUGGACGAGAAUUGGAGUUCAAUGUUUAUACAGGUUGGUUUUUCUAAAUUUUUGGAAACUGUGUUUUUUUAUUGGGUUCAUUUCAAUUUUUGUCGUUUUUCAGUAUCAAAUUGACUCACGAUUGCGGUUAUCUUCACCGUGAUAUAAAACCCAGCAACUUCGCCCUUGGUCCAAAAAGCGACUAUCUUAAAAAUCGACUCAUUUUCAUGUUCGAUUUUGGCUUAGCUAGAAAAUUCGUUGUGAAACGAAAAGAUAAGAAAAUCAAUGAAUCGACAGUUCUCGAAAGAAUUCAAAAAUCAGCUCUGCGAAUCACGGAUCACAAGGAUUAUGUAUGGAGAGCGCCACGACGAGAAACCGAAUUUAAAGGAACAGAAAUGUAUUGUUCACCAAACGCACAUUCUCUGAAGGAAUUAGGUAGAGCAGAUGAUGUUUGGUCUUUGAUGUUCAUGCUUGCAAAUUUGAUAGGACCACUUCCAUGGGCCAAUGAAGACAUUACUUUGGCGAAUACCAAACAAUCAACAAGCUUUUGUGAAUUGUUUAAAUGCAAUGAUUUCGAUAAAUUGGAAAUGAACCUCAGAAAUUGUUCUUAUUAUGAUGCGCCGGAUAAAAAACUAAAAAAGAAGUGGAGUUGGUUGGGAUGA